AUGCAAGACUUACCUAUUUACAGUGAAACCAAUAUUUUCAUAAAGAACACUCCUUAAAUUUUAUCAGUAGAAUAUGAACCUCAAGGCUUUCCUAUCCAAGACGUGCUUAUUGGAAGCUCUGAUCACUCUUAAUCAGAAAUUAUCCAGGAAGAGAGACAUGAUUAUCUUGAGAAAAAUAUUUAUCACCCUGAUAACUCAAUGCUGUGCAAUAGUUUAAAUCAAAAUUUCCUAAAGAUUGGCGUCGAAGACAUAUGCUCGAAUGACGUAGAUGAGUUUGAGCUCUAAUUCUUUGAUGAAUACCAAAUGCUAAGAGAAAAAGAGAGCACUAAAAAGCUACAAAAUCAUAAUUCGUAAUAGGAGGGUAAAGAAAGAAUGGAAAAUGAGUACAACUCUAGCGGGGAAAGUGGGGCAGAUUAUUCAAGUCAAUAAAAGAUGAGCUGUGAAUGGAAUACUAAGGACCCUAGGGAUGCCAGUUAAGAUAGUUCAAAUGAAGAGUAAUCUGAAAAAGAUGGCGAUGGAAAUGGAAAUUCAAAAAAUUGCGGAAGAUGGACAGAUGAAGAACACAACAGAUUUUUGGAAGCACUUAAGUAAUUUGGUAAAAAUUGGAACUCUGUUCAUAAGUACGUGGGGACAAGGAGUAGCGCACAAACUAGAUCUCAUGCUCAAAAGUACUUCAAUAAAUUAAUGAGAAAAGGCACUGAAAAAGCCAGAGAAGAACUUUAGCUUUUAACCAGAAAAGAUUCCUUAGUAAAAUCAACUCUAAACAAUCAAGAUGAAUCAACAAUUGAUAACAGUGCACACUAAUUAAGCUCAUCAAAUGCAAAUCAAAGUAGUUUUCAAGUAUCGCCAUCCUCCAAAAAUAGUCCCUUGCCUCGAGUCUCCUGUAGUGAAAAUCUCAACAUCAAAGUUAACCUUAGACCGAAUUCAGGCCCUCAAAUUUAAGAAAACUUCAUAACAAGCACUCAGGAGGAAGACUAUGCAGAUGGAGAUGAAUCUAUGGAGGGAGGCUCCUCAGAGACAAAAGUUAACCAAACCAAGUCUAAGAAAAUUAAAAAGAAGACAUCUUAGAUUUUCUCUAAAUCUCCAAAGCUCACUCAUUCCACCUCAUCAUCAUAUCCAGUAUUAAAUAGUCAACUUGCUAAGGACUUAUUCAAAGAUAGCAAAAAGCAUAAAAUAUAAGCAACUCUAAAACUUAGAAAAGACUCAAUUGUCUCUGACAAAAAGAAAGAGCGCGCUUUAUCUAAAUUAUUCGAGGUUGUUAAAUGCACAAAUUAGGCAGAUGCUAUUCAAUUCCAAGAAAUGAGUAGUAUUUAGAUGUCCCAAGAUCAAUAAUAAUCAGGAUAUCUAAAACAAUCCUAGAAUAUUUAUAAUUAAGCAUGCUUUGUAAAUCAAACUAAUGUCUCAAUACACCAAACUCAAUAGAUGAGUGACAGUUAAAUGAGCCAUUAAUCCAACACUUACAUGUAAUCAGUUUAGUAGACAACUAUAAAUCCAUAGUUCUUGGCUGAUUAAUUCAAUAAAUAUCAAUUAGAGGCCUAUCCUAUCACAUCAGCAAAUACAAACAGCUCACCACAUUAAUAGCAUAGUUACUAACAGUAAUAAAUGUAGCAAUACAAUCAGCAAGUUAAUUGUAACUACUAGUCAUUUACCGCCAACAUCAACAUGAAUUACCAACUUAAUAGUAACAACUUCAUGAGCGAAUUUGAGCAUUAGAACAACUUAAAUCAUAUAAAUGAAGAUCUCAUGGAAUAAGUAGCUACCAAAAACAUCAGAAUAAGAAGUUAGACUAUGAUACCUGCUCAUUAGGAUGCAGGUCUUUUAGUAGGCAAUGAUUGUUUUGAGAAAUUUGAUUAUCCGAUGAUUAGCAACUAAAUUAUCCCAACUAGCAACCUAAUAACUGGGUGUAUUUAAUAGCAAGACUAUAUUCUUCCCCAAAAUAGUCUAUACCACAACCCUAGUCAUCACAAUCAUCCAAUGGAAAGUGGUCAUUUUGAAUAUAAUCUCCAUAAUCACAUGGUCAGAUCUGUCAGUGAUGUGGGUAUGAGUGGAAAUUUUGAUUUUAAUCAAAAUGAGUUCCUAGACUUUGAGUAAGACAUCAAGCACAACUGA